AUGGCCAUCAUUGGCAGAGUACUCGGGCUGGCCUUUGAUGCAGUUCUGGUCUCGACAGUCCUUGCAGGCGUUCGGCGAACGAGUGGCUUUGCGCCUGAUUCCAAUCUGAUAUCUGACACAACAAUGCGCUCGGUUGCGGAACGAUUUCUGGGCGUAGGAGAAUCUGUUUUCGAUGUUGUGCAGGCUACCGCUGUGAACAGCGCUUACUUUAGAAGGAGUUCGACAUGA